AUGUCUCACUGUGGCUACUUCUCACGGGCGCGGUCGAAAGGGGACAAGCUGGGCUACUACCGGGCAUCUGUCGCGUGCGGACACUGCCGAAAACGCAAGGCCAGAUGUAGACCUGCGGUUGGGGACCCUUUGCGCAGAUGUGCCAAUUGUGUCCGUCUGGGCUACCCGUGCGUCGUGGUCAAAGUGGAGGUCAUGGAAGCGCUUGAUAUAUUGGGAGAAGACGGCACCCCUGAGAACAUUCUACGUGUCCAGAGGUUGAUUGGUCAUGUCAAAACUGGGACGCCCGCAGAAUCAUGUCAACAGACGGGUGAAUCUAGCACUUCAUGGACACCAACGCUGCAGCAACCUACUUAUAUCGACCCUGCUACUGCUCCUUCACCCUGGCCGUGUCAAAUGUCUACAUGGCCACAGCCACCCGAAGUCUCUGCUUCUUUCGCCCAUCCUUCAUCAUCUUCAGGGUUUCCACCACAUUCUUGUCCGGUAUCUGAACAUUCCUGGCAACAUAUGCCAACAAUACCUCCGUCACAGGCUGUUCUCAAUAUUCCAGAGGCUCCAACGAGCGACAUUUUCUAUGGUGUGGAUAAUCUGGCGCCAGCCAAUCUGGACAACCAAAGUAUGAUUCGUCCUCCAACAGAUGAACCUGCUACGAACAUGUCAAGCUGGCAAUCCAUGUGUACACCACUGUCCAACGAUCAGGCACUCCCUGCAAUGCAUGCAACAUGGGGUACCACUGCUCGAAAACAAUAUUCCGGAUUAAGAUGA